UGUGGCCGGUGUAUAACCGCGGCACGAGACUCCAUCGAUUUUGUUCGCAGUUCGCAUUCUGGGAAUCUGAGGAAAGGAGAUCUGAUCGCACGGCUCUUUUGCUCUUCUGACGACCUGAGUCCAUGGCGGGCCCUGGGAGUUCCAUGCUCUACUCUUCACUUCUGUUUACUGUCAUUCUCUCUCUUCAAGAAAUGUAUAGAGGGAAGUUAGCGUCGACGGAGUUAUUUACCAUACUCGGGGGUUUUAUUAGUUCCCUCCUCUUCCUCAUGUUGCUGACGUUCAUUAGUAAUUUUCAGGAAACAUGUGGCAUAAAGACCGGCUGGGGUGCUGUUAUUGUAGCCGAAGUUGUUGCUCUUAUUGCUGCUAGCACUGUCCAUCGAGUUUGUAUCACGACAUGUUUCUUGUUUUCAGCUGUACUACUCUAUGAAAUCCACAAGCUUUCAGGGAUGACGCUUUCCAAGAGUGAAUCGAAAACUAAAAGGCACUGAAUGAGAUUCUGCGUAGUUUAGAAAUUUAUAUAUGAAUGAUGUGAUCAAGUGUCGACUGCGGCUUUUUACUUGUUGUUUCUAUUUAAAAUACUACACCCGAAAGAUACCAUUUUGAGAUGUAUUAGAUGUUUCUUAACAAUUCAGUAACUUGGAAGAUGACAUUACUUGUAGUACUUGGAGAAUUUCAAUGUUUUCAAUAUAAUUUUCUCUAGGCACCAAGAUGCUUUGGGAAAAAGCUUA